AUGGGAGAAGAGAGUAGUAAUGCUCAAGAUGCUCUUCACCAGCUGAUAGCAUCCAUGAGAGAUGAGAUCAAAGCCCUAAGACAAGACUUUGGCGACCGACUCCGCCAUGUGGAACAAGCAAGAGUGACCUUGCAACCCACUCGCAACCUUGGAGGGUUGAACACCGGCUUUACCACUAAUCAGCACACCCGAAACAACUUGAGACCUACUGGAGUUCGCAUCAACGAAGCUAAUCACACGCAACCCACCGAUGACGAUUCUUCUCAAGAUGAUGAACCAGCCCAACGGCGACCUAGACACAGGAGGCGUGUGCCGCAAGACGACUAUGGAGAACAAGAUAAAGAUGAGUUCUACUCAUCUAAAAGACAAAACCAGCAUCAUGUCAAGCUGACCGCACCAAGCUUCGCCGGAAAAGUUGAUCCCGAAGCCUACCUUGAUUGGGAGAAGAGGAUGGAUCACAUCUUUGAUUACUAUAACCAUCCCGGUCCAAAGAGGUGGGACAGGGUGAUAUCAGACCGCAAAAGAAAUCGCCUUAGAGCCAUCGACUCAUGGAUCGACAUGAAAGAUAUGUUAAGACAAAGGUAUGUCCCUCCUCACUUUCAUAGAGACUUACAACGACGUUUCCGUGGUCUUAAGCAGGGAACUAGAUCUGUGGAGGAAUAUUAUGAGGAGUUUGAACGGCUGAGAAACCGUUUGGAGCUCAAUGAUGACGAAGAAGCUCUUAUGGCCCAGUUCGUAGACGGUCUACAAGAAAGACUUAGCCGAAAAGUGGAGAGACAAGUCUAUCAAGAUUUCAAGGAUCUUUUCCAUUUAGCUGUUCAAGCUGAGCAACACAUCAAAAAGAAGACCAUGAGUGCCAGAAACCUACCUCAAACCACAUGGACGUCAAACACAAACAAGCCAAUAGACAAAGGCAAAGGCAUAGAAGUUGACUCUCGGUUCAAAGGCAAAGCUGUUGAGACUAGCAAAGACACUAGACCAGAGCUCGGUAAGACGUCUAACCCUCAGAGAUCUAGAGAUAUCACUUGUUUUAAAUGCAGGGGAAGAGGACACAUAUCAAGAGAAUGCCCGAACCAGCGAGUGAUGCUUGUGACCGAAUCCGGAGACUAUGAAUCUCAAGACGAGGCACAGACUGAGCCUCUAGAAGAGUAUGGUGACAUUGAAUACCCUGAUACUGGUGAGCUCCUUGUCACAAGGCGUACAUUAAGUGCAAUGGUGGAACCCUCCGAAACUAUUCAGCGUGAGAACAUUUUUCAUACCCGUUGCACCAUCAAAGGCAAGGUAUGUAAUCUCCUCAUUGAUGGUGGGUCUUGCACCAAUGUUGCUAGUGCUCACAUGGUCGACAAGUUAGGCCUUGAGAGAACUAAACACCCUCGGCCUUAUAAGCUAAGGUGGCUCGAUGACAAGGUAGAACUUAAGAUCAGUGAUCAAGUGUCUAUACCUUUUAGUAUUGGUCGAUAUCAGGAUCAAGUAAUUUGUGAUGUUGUUCCCAUGCAAGCUGGACAUUUAUUAUUAGGUAGACCAUCGCAAUUUGAUAGAGAAACUAAGCAUGAUGGUAGAACUAAUAUGUAUACUUUUAUGCAUAACAAGAGAAAAGUUAGCUUAGCACCUCUCACGCCAUCACAAGUGCAUGACUUGCAAAUGCAAAUACUCAAAGAAAAAGAAAAUCAUUCUAAGUCCAAUUUUCUUGUUCAACAUAGUCAUGUAAGAAGAGCUAUUGCCUCCAAACACACAAUGCUACUAAUGAUCUUUAAGGAGCUUUUGAGCGCAGGUUUUGGAGAACUCUAUCUACCACCCGAAAUUGUUAUUUUGCUUGACAGGUUUAAGGACGUGUUCCCUGAUGAGAUGCCUGAAGGACUGCCACCAAUAAGAGGCAUAGAACACCAAAUUGAUUUCAUACCAGGAGCCGCAUUACCAAAUAAGCCGGCUUACCGUAUGAGCCCAGAAGAGUCUAAAGAAUUGGAGAAACAAGUCAAAGAGCUAUUAGGCAAGGGCUAUGUAAGGGAGAGCCUCAGCCCGUGUGCUGUACCAGUUCUGUUGGUGCCAAAGAAGGACGGGUCUUGGCGCAUGUGUGUCGGCUGUCGAGCCAUCAACAACAUUACCAUCAAAUAUAGACACCCGAUCCCAAGACUAGACGACAUGCUUGAUGAGCUUAGUGGAGCUACCCUAUUUUCCAAAAUUGAUCUCAGGAGUGGGUAUCAUCAGGUGCGAAUGAAAGAAGGAGAUGAGUGGAAAACUGCCUUCAAGACCAAGCAAGGUCUUUAUGAAUGGAUGGUGAUGCCAUUCGGACUCACCAAUGCACCAAGUACCUUUAUGCGACUAAUGAACCAAGUUCUUAGAGCAUACAUCAGUAAGUUUGUUGUGGUUUACUUUGAUGAUAUUUUAGUAUACAGCAAAUGUUUAUCUGAUCAUGUGUCACAUCUUGAGCUUGUAUUCAAGACUCUUAGACAAGAGGGCCUUUAUGCAAACUUAAAGAAGUGCACAUUCUGCACUGAUAAGCUGGUUUUUCUAGGUUUUGUUUUGAGCUCACAGGGUUUACAGGUCGAUGAAGAGAAGGUUAAGGCAAUCAAGGAAUGGCCGACUCCAACAAACAUAAGCCAAGUGAGGAGCUUUCACGGCUUGGCCAGUUUUUAUCGACGCUUUGUCAGGGACUUUAGCAGUAUAGCCGCACCUCUCACAGCUGUGGUCAAGAAGAGUGUGGGAUUCACUUGGGGAAGAGAGCAACAAGCAACAUUUGACACACUCAAGGAGAAGCUCACUGAGGCACCGGUUCUAGUCUUACCUGAUUUCAACAAGACCUUUGAAGUGGAGUGUGAUGCAUCAGGGAUCGGUGUAGGAGCUGUCUUAACCCAAGGAGGCAAACCUGUAGCCUUUUUCAGUGAAAAGCUAGGAGGAUCAACGCUUACUACCCUACCUAUGACAAAGAGUUGUAUGCCUUGGUGCGAGCUUUAG